AUGACGUCAGUCGCUGAAGCUCGAGGGAAUAUCAAGGUGAAAGCGUUUGCAAUUGAAUCGGCUGGUGAAAGGCAUGGCGUGCUUGUGUCAAAGUCUCUGGACUUCAACAAUUUAGUCACCACCUGUCUCGCUGAAAUCAUUUGGCGUGCAAUUUCGACAAGACUCUCUGAACGUAAAGACGGUCGAUCCUUGGUGAGUCAAGAUGAGAGCAUGCUUCCAGGCUGCAACCUACAGUUGAUGGCUAACAAUGAUACGGAGGAUCAGGACAUGCCAUCCCGUUGCUCGGAUGACUCGUUGACGCAAAUUGAUCCAUCAUUUGUGGACUUUAAAGUCAAAGGCGUUGAUCAUCAGACAAGAGAUUGGCAUGAAACAAAGUUGGAUAGGUUGUCCGCUUCUAAUUGCUUCGAUUAUGUCAUGAUGACCAACCUAGAUGUAGAAAUCGAUUCAAAACUUACAAAGAAGACCGAUCGUCGUAUGACUGCACGAUCAUCGAUCGCCACGGACGUUUCUUCGACAACAGGUGAUGACGCUCAAUUUUCGAUUGACGAGGACGAGCUCGACCUGCAGUUGUUUCAUGACAUUGCCGAUAACAUCAUUGGUCGUAACCGAGUGGUAAGGCCAUUGAAAGCAUUGAAACUUUCAUACGAAACGAAGUUAUGCCAACUUAUGGCAACACUCACACAACCACGUCAGUUACUGGUCUUCAAACCACUUCGUUUCGAGAAGAAUCCCGUCAGAUCAUCGGCAACGCUGUGCACGCGCGUCUGCACGGCACUGGGGAUCAUGAUGUUGUCAUCUUCACUGGUCAAGGAUGUACGAGUGCGAUUCACAAGUUUAUAG